AUGGGUUUAGUGUGGGGAUCUUUUGCCUUUUGCAAAUCGUUUGACGUCUCUUUCAGGUGCAGACGAAACAGAAGCUUUCAGGUUCUGAACCCUCCCCCGACGACGGCGCUGGAGAUCCAUCCUGAUGACGACAUCGUGCAGGAACCAGAGCACGUUGCUUUCAGACACGGACAGGACGUCAGACACAGACGGGACGUCCUGGACUCCACAGAAAUCCCAGCAGAGCACAUCGACCCCGCUGCCAUCGACCUCACCCCCCUCGUCAAUACUCUAAUAAAUUCAAGCCAAUCGGGCUCCCGUCAGCUCUUCUCCCUGCUCAGCGUGACGUCCUACAGCUCACUGGCUCUGCACAAGCUCACCCUGCUGCUGUACAACAUUUCCAGCAUCAGACGUCUGGAGAGCGACGUGUUGAGGAGAAGGUUCUGUUACUGUGUCACCAACGACACCAACGACUUAACUGAUUUCACUGCCGUGCUGUUGGAUGUGAUCGGAAACUCGACGACUCACCUGCACGAGCUUUUCAAAUCUGCCUCCAUUUUGUCGGUGAGUCACAGGAACAACUCGGGCUGCAUCUACAUCUGUGUGAUGGCAGGAAGGACGGGACCAGAGGCUCCAGAGCUCUGGGACGUCGGCUCCAUCUCGCCGCUCUUCAACCAGACGAUCGUUGAAGGACCACACGGAGUAGGUAACGUCUCGUCCUUCAGAAUUCCCGUCGAUUGGAACCAACUGCCCACGAAUCUGAGUCACAUCUCUCCGUCAGGGAUGAGCUCGGUGUUGAGCAGCAGAGUCCACGCCACUGCACACGCCCUGGACCCCCUCAGCUCCUCGGUACAGACCGACUCCCCCCCGCCCUCUGAGCUGGAGAACGACAACACCCAGCAAGCCACCAGAGAAACCAGAGGCUGUCCGUGGAGGAGGCCGGAGCAGGGCGGGGAGUCGGCGUCCAGCAGCACGACCACGGUCGGCGCUCACAAGCUGCAGCCCUGCGUCCUCGAGCUCUGCAAGUUCUUCUCGCAGUGUCUCUGCAGACCCGUCAGCCACAGGACACGCGCGACAAGCUUCUGUGACGACAGCCACCUCUGGUAUGAAACACACACGUCUGAGGUGUGUCGGCGCGUCAGGAGAGUCUCCUUCUCCAGAAAUCUGAAACAGAGAUGCUUGACAAAGAUGUGCAACAAACUGUGA